AUGAAUCGCGAAGAACGUGACACAAGGUGGAACAAACGGUCGGAAUUGGCGUGGCGUGGUAUCUCCAAUACUGGAAAUCACUACAGGGCACCUCCAUCCGAUCCAAUGGUCCGCACGGGACAGUCCCUGCGAGACGUCCCACGGAUGUGUAUACAUAUCGACAAAUUUGCCAUCUCGUUGUUUCAGAUCAGGAUGCCACGCUCGCCAUCACGAGCCGCCGAACAGCGCAAACUACGCACCGUCGAGGGGCCUCUGUUCCCAGCAGACCUUGGGAGGCCGAUCAAAGAUAUAAUGGGCCUGGGCGAGACGACAGCUGACAGAGUAGAUUCUCUAGAGAUGCGCUCAGGAGUCAGCGCGCUCCCCAUCGGCGUGGAAUCCCUCGAAUUGCCUGAUCGAACGCGAGAAAAAAGCCUGGCUCUGCGGGGACAUGCGCAGCAAGCGAACGCGAGGCCCAUCAUCCUCCCUCGAAUCUAG